AUGGUCAAGGACAAAGACACAGUGAUAAGAGAAUUCAAUGAUCUGGUCAACAUGACCCCGAAUGAGCUGCGCGAUUGGCUGAAGGAAGACAGCUCCGUAUCUGCAGGAUGGAGCAACGGCUCGGGAGAGACCGUCGGGCAUGAAAGCGGUCGGAAGAUCAUUCAGAUCCUGGAGCAUAACCCCGAUGGUGACCCCGAUGCCUACGAGGACGCCGAGAUCGACCACAUGCGCAAGGUUGUCUCCUACUGCAAACGCCAUCUUGCGCAGGAGGGGGCGGCUAAACAGAACACCGAUAGCAAGAGCUACCGAUCCCUGAAGAACUGGGGGCAUGAUGCUCUCAAGGAAUAG